GAAUAAAAAGACGUUAUUUACGCGGUGUGUCGCGGAAAACCGGAGUGAAGGGUGGACAUGAUCGCUGGUGCACAUAAAAAUUGUAUUCUUUUGAUUAGUUUUUUGUGAAAUAAUGUGAAUAUUCAGUAUUGAAGUGUGUGAUUGAAUACGGCGCAGAAAAAACUCCCUCAAGGUACAAAUCUUAAUUUGUGCUUGUGUAAACAGAUUCCACUCCGAAAGUUUUUGCCUGCUUUUUCACAGAUUUCCAAGAUGGAAGGAUGGUCGAGGGACAGGAUCAUCCAGAUCAUAUCAUCGCACAUGGAUAUUAUCAACAAACGGAAGGCAGAAAUAAAAAAGGUAAUCGAAGACCUCACACAGAAAAAUUUGGAAUCUCUUGACGCACUUCUGGAACAAAUACCAGACUCUUUAUCCGGUCCUUUGCUAUCCAAGACUCCGAAAGCUUCGAGGAAGCGGAAUAUUAAGCGAAUUCAGACAAUUCCAGAAGAUGACAUGGUGGAGAUUACUCAGGUUACAGAGGAUACGACUAGAGAGCAAUUUGAGGAGAAGGAAACGACAGCUCCUGGUGCCGGGCGACGAUCUAAAAGGGAAGCUUCGAAGAAAGCUGGAGAAAUAAUGAAACAACAACAGUCAAUGACUCUGAAUACUAAAUUGCGAAGACCUUCCAAUGAUGAGAAUGAUGAUUCUGGCCUUAGUAAGGCAUCGUCUCGAGAAAGUCGAUCAAAACGCCUCCGCUCCGCCAGAAGUUCAGACGAGGACCAAGAAGAAGCAGCACGUCGCGUGAAACAGAUUAAAAGCGAAGACCAGCCACCAAGCACGCGAUCUACUCGAAACAAGCAACCCCCUGUCAAUGAGCAUGCUUCCAGUUCUGCCGAGGAGGAAGUUGUUCUACCCAAGGCGGCGAAAUUAUCCUCAGUCAAACGAAAACACGAGAGCAGUUCCUCUCGACAAUUUAAAAGACCCUCUUCCCUUCAGAGUCUGGAACCCGACCCCAAGAAGGCGAACAUAGUUGAUGAAACUCUCGAGGCAGACGAGACAAUUGAGCAAUCACUGUAUGAAGACGCGAUCGGCAAAGCUGUUCCCAUUAUGAACUCCACCAUGAAGCCAACAUCCGCUGCCAAUCAAACUCGCACCAUAAAUCAAACUCCCGCAGCUAAUGUAACCCGUAAUCUCAAUUCCGCUGCGAAUGAAACCCGAAAUUUGAAUUCUGCUGCCAACGAAACCCGCAAUCUUAAUCCCACUGCAAAUGAAACUCGGGUUAUUAAAUCGAACUCGAAGGAACCACUCGAGAGGAUGAUGAACGUAACUGUGGUUCUCGAGCCUGUAAGAAAAAUGAACGAAACCGUCACAGUUUCGAAAGCAUCAAAGGAAAGAUCGAAUUCUGGAUCAGUUCCGAAUUCCAGUACUAUUUCUACUACGAGAAAAGUAACAGAAGCCACCAACGAACGAAACCACUCUCCGUUUUCUGUUCCUCUGUUGAUUCCGAAGAUCGCGGUUAGCAAACUGAACCCAGUUGUGGAAUUAGAUGCCUUAAUGACUGACGACGACUCCUCCCCAGAGAGGAAACAGUCGAGAGGAAAGAAAUUGCAGAAGUUACGCUCGGUUGCAAAAAUAAAGGAUGGUGAAUCUGAGAGCGAAAAGGCACGGACUGGACCGAGGAGAAUCACGAGGUCGAGUUUGAUAAGUGAUGAUGAAGUGGACUGUACUCCGGGAAGAAAAGUUUUGGGUGAUAUGAAUAGCGAGAGGAAUAAGAAGGAAGCCAAAGGUGGAUUUAAGUCGAAUGCGUUAUUUAGUCCUUAUGCUAAGGAAUCAGUGAGGAAGAGAGUUGAGGCUUUUGAGCAAGCGGUACUUGCGAGUCCGACUGUGGAAGAAACGGAGAUGCGACUCACGCGGACGAAGACGAGGGCUCUGGCUGCAGCCAAUGAAAAUGGAGAACAUGUGAGCAAUCCUCCGACGAACACACAAAAACUGGCGAGGAAAUCGUUGGCCAAGGCGAAACAGAUUUUGAGAGCGAAAGACGCGAAGGACGUUGAAGAGUGUAAAGAGAAUCAUCUAAACUCGGUGCAGAAACUUGUGCCAAAUGAUAAAGUAGUGCAAAAGCAGCAACAGAGAAUUACUCCGAAUAGUAAGAUUCGACCUCCGAUGCCUUCUUCUACGAGUAGGAUUCAGGCGACUCCAUCUAAUUCACAAACUCUUUCCAAUUAUUCAAAGGCAAUGACGGGAUCGCGCACGAAUAUCGUGACCAAUGUAGAUUCCUUCAUUCAGACUAAAGGUUCAGCGCAAAAACCAAGCUCCGCUGAUAAAAUAUCGGAAGAAAAGAGAAAAAAACAACAGGAGGAAGAUGCAAAGAGAAAACGAGAUGAGGUUUUGAAACUCCAAAUGGAAGAAAAGAAGAGAAAGCGAGAGCAAAAGGAGAAAAAAAAUAGACUUGCAAGGGAAGCCAAAGAGAAACAAGACAUGGAGAAUAGAUUGAAAGCGCAAAAGGAGAAAGAAGAAAAAGCAAAAUUAGUGCAACUGCAAAAAGAUAAAGAGCGAGAAGAAGUUGAGAGGAAACGAAUGGCACAACAACAACGUGCUCAGGAAAAGGAAGAAAGGAAAAAACAAGAAGAAAUCUUGCGACAACAAAAAUUGUACGAGCAAGAAGAAGCGGAGCGACAAUUAGCAGAAAAACAACGUCGCGAACAAGAAGCUGAGAAACGAAGAAUAGCGGCAGCGGAAGCGAAAGCUCACCAAGCUCAAAAAGAGAAAGCUCAUGCUGAUGCUUUGAAAUCGAAGGCAGCUCAGCUCAAGAAACAAGCAUUAGCACAAAGUAAGCAACAACAACCAAAUAGCUACAAAAUCGAUAGUGAGCCGGACAGUGACUCUGAUGAUGAGAUGAGGCCGAAACAUGAAAUUCCUGUUUGGGCUAAGCCUCAUUAUCGGCAGAAGCAUUUAGCAAUGCAGGAGUACGUUCCAAUGCAAGCAAUAAUGCGAAUCUUCGACGUGAAAAAGUGCACUCCAGAUUUGUCUGAGUUGUUCCAGGGAAUUGACAAAAACAGAUUGAAGCGUACGUCCAGUGCAAUUUGGAAAACACCCCCUCGUUUCUCCAUGAUGGAAGCACUAAAUUAGUUGUCACAUUGGCGUUCGCAACAAAAUUAUCAUAUCCAUCGCGGCGGUACGAAUCUUUCAAGACUUUUGAAGAUCGCUCAACGUUUCGUACACCAACGUCUUUUAUCUUCAGUAUUUUAUAUUUUUUUCUGAAAGUUGAAAGGCGUCUAGUUUUUUAGCGUAUUGUACCAGAGUCGCUUCGAAUUUUGCUACGCUUUUUAAGUCUUUGCGACGCUUUUAGAAAAAAAAUUUGUAUGUAGAAUACAUGAUGUCGAAUUGAGACAUUUUUAGGGAACGACGUUCUUGAUAAAUUUAUAAUAUAUUGAUAAGAAGAAACGACUAAAAUAGUGAACUAUAAAAUUGAGAAAUCUAUUUAGAAAUCAGAUUUAAAAUUGCAGGCGUAGCGAACUUAGAGGCGACGUACUUCGCACGUUUUACACCUUUUAUUAUCGAAACAAUGUAUAGGAAUAGUUUGUUUCUCAAUAAACACUUGUUAUUUAAUCGAAUAUCCAAGCGGUACUGUUGUGCUUCAACGUUAGAUUAAUAAGACUUACUUUUAGAAAGCUUUUCGAAUUUUAGAUUUCAAUUUGCACGACCAGUGGAAAUAUAGACUUGAAGGUACCUUCUGCGCAUUUUAAUCUUCUGGGUGCGUAAUGUACGAAACUGUUCUUCCAUUGCUGGAAAGAAAAUUUAUUCUGUAUUCUGACGAUUUGUAUGAAUAUGCGGCUAUAAUAUAUAAUCAUGUAAAUAUGAUUAUAAUUCUGGACAAA